AUGUCGAAUGGAAGUUUACGUUUCAUCACCUUUCAGAAUACACUAUUACUUAACUCGAAAACAGAAAUCAUUCAAGCACAAUUACAACCCUCGGAUGCUUUGCUAUCUCCAGACCCUUUAUCACCUUCAAUUACUAUACAACUUUCAGACGCUACAGAUACUUUACCACCUAAAACCCCACCACAAACUCCUCGAGAAUUAACAUAUUUAUUAAAUACACCAAACAAGCGUCCAAUAGAGAAGGAAGAACUUUGGGAUUACACUCAAAACAAUUCCGUUAUAUGUGCAUUUGCGUUAACAGCCAAAGAAUUGGAAACAGAAAUUGGCACAGAACUCACCAAAGAAUUGUUCUCUAUGCGUGAUAGAAAUCCCGUUGUGUGGAAUUCUGAUUUAGAAGAAUAUAUAAAUGACGUUCUCAAGGAAUCUGGUGAAAACUUCAAGAAUGCAGUUAUAAAUAAGAAUUAUAAAGAUAUAGAUGAAGGUUUCCGCCUAUAUUGUGAGAAAGUUCUCACCGACUUCUACAAUCUUGUAGAUGUUGGUCCCACUAUUGAUAGAAAAAUAGGCGAGCGAAAGCAUAUAGUUUAUCAAGUAUCAGCACUAUUCAAAUUUUAUGAGAGAACAUUUCUAACCUUGGAUAUUGAUUGGAUUGAAUCUCACUCCCGCCCGGCAAAACUGAUGAAGUCAGAAUCAAAUUCUGGCAUUGUUCUAGUGGACGCAAAGGCGACAAGGUUUUCCGAUGGGCUUGAUGUUUGGCAUUUAGAAGUCGCAGGUCCUCCCUAUAAUGCACCCAAUAAACACAUUCUAGGUGAUUCAAAGAAAACAAUUCGAACAGAUAUCCUAAAUCUAAUUACAAUCUUACGGGAACAUCUUGAUUGUGAUAUCAACCUUGCUACGAGGAUAAAGGAUGAAUUAAUUAAGCAGGACGAAUUAUUAGAAGAAAUCAACGGGUCAAUACUUCGUUCUAAAAAUGUUACAGUACGUCAAGUGUUAAAGAUACCUGAAUUAGCGUGA